AGUCGCACCAGGGGUGCAGUGUCCCCUUCUGUGGUCAAUGGCGAGCCCCGUCGAUUGCAGUAAGGAUGUAUUUCUCACAGUGCUGGUGAGCAGUGUUGACCAUUCGUCCGGCACCAAGGGGCGAUACUUCAACUUCGAGUUAUCUGCAGCAUCAGACGCCCUUGGCCGACCUCUGGGCGAUGGUGAGGUGCUUCAUGUUUCGCAACGUCGACAUGGUACUGUCAUCUGGAGUGGUGCAGUUCGGGUGUGGACCCGGAGUAACGGUGGAAGCACGGGGAAUUCGCACGGACGCAGGGACGCGGACCCCAUGGAUGGGCAAUGGGAGAGUUGUGACACCUUUGAUGUUCAGGCCAUGCCAUGCUCAAUAGGCCAAGGCGUAGGACGACUGCUAGUCUGUCCCUUUGGUCAUGGGCGUGGCAGCAGUACUGCGACAAUAGUGUUGAGCCUUGACGAGGUAAGCCAUACGGCUGCCUCUUUGGAACUCCCCGACCUGUCUGGACGUCUCGGCGCCGGCGGAUUUGAUGCCAAUGAAGGUGGCGCGCUGGCAACAGAAGGUCUGCUUUUUGGUGGAGGGGUGAAAUUCAUUGAUGCCCCGCCGUUGAUUCCUGGAGCCGCGUUCACAGUUCUGGUUGAAUGCGUAGAAUCUGUGCUUCGUGUUCAGGUCGACGGGAAGUUAGCAGUCCAGGUAAGGAUUGGGACCGCAGCUCUUGGGCGGAUCGCAUUGCGCCCGCACCGUGGCAGGAUUCGAGUGCACAAGUGGCAAAUGGGAGGAGACCUCAUCUCCUUGUCACCGCCACCAGGGGAGCUAUCCGUGAGGCAGGCUAAUGUUCCUCUUCUUCUCAAUCGCCGCUACAACGUUGUGCUCCAUUUUGUUAUCAGUGGACCUGGCGUUCUCGAGGGAAUACAACUGCAGACAGACAGCGCGUUUUGUUAUUUGCAGCUGGCGCGUUCCAUCAAUGUGAACUGCGACAGACCAUGUGAGGAUUUGAUGAAGGACUUCAUCGGGUUAAGUCAACAGAACACGAGCCAAUCUGAGGGAGUGCAAGAGUUCCGGUGCAGCCCCAUCACACUAGGGCCCGGUCUGCACGGGUUUUCGUUGGUAGGCGGCAUGGGGACAUCGACUAGCAUGGACAGCACAGUGGGGUGCUCGUUGCUCUCUGCAUACUUUAAUCGACAAAUGGUCGACGUGCCCGUCGAGCGUGCGGAUGUCAUCCCACGAGGUCUACGUCCAGCCAUGCGCUUACGCCACUCUGGCGAUGAUGGUUCUAACGGCUACCGGAUCCCAGGACUUGUUCGAACUCAAAGCGGUGUUUUGGUGGCUUGCUACGACAUUCGCCGUGAGAGCAACCGUGAUCUUCAGGGUGAUAUUGACAUUGGAAUCUCUCGCUCAGUUGAUGGUGGCAGAAGUUGGGAACCAAUGCGAAUUGCGUUGACGAUGGGUGAAUGGGGCGGACUUGGAAAACGCUACAAUGGAGUAUCUGAUGCUUGUCUCGUCGCAGAUGACAUGACUGGCCGAGUCUUUGUUUUUGGCUGUUGGAUGCAUGGCUUGCGAAACAGUAGUGGUGGUUUCCGUGCAGACCUCCGUCCAAACAGCGAGGAUUGGGCACACCAGUGGCACAAGGGACGUGUCGGUUCUGGGCCUGGGAUUGAACCGCAGGAGACCGCUCAGUUCCUCAUGAGCUUCAGCAAUGAUGAUGGUGCCACUUGGUGCUCGCCGAUCAACUUGACGAAGAAGUUGAAAGAUCCACAGUGGUACUUGCUGGCGCCAGCCCCAGGCUGCGGCAUCACAACAAAAACUGGCAAGCUCGUUGUGCCAGUGCAGGGUCGUGACGUCAACGAGCAGCCUUUUUCCACGAUCAUGACUUCCAGUGAUCACGGCGAGACAUGGAUACUUGCUCCUACGUUCGCACGCACUGGGACCAAUGAGUGCGCAGUCGCCGAGCUUUCUGAUGGCCGCCUCAUAUUGAACAUGAAGAACUGUACAACGAGGGACAGGCGAUUAGUCUCGGUGACCGCCGAUUCCGGCAACAGCUGGAUUGUGCAUCAGUCCGAUGGCACGCUUCCUGAGCCAUCGUGUAUGGCAAGUCUACUACGCGUUGAGCGUACAAACGGUUCGAGCGUGCUCUUGUUUGCAAAUCCAGCUUGCACACAUAGUCGAAAGCAUUUGACCAUCAAGGCGAGUGUGGACGACGGUGUAACAUGGCCUCAGAGGUAUUGGGUUGAGCUUGAUGACACAAAAGGCGCCUAUUCUUGCAUGGCCCGUGCUGGUGCCGACUGUACUGGCAUACUGUACGAAUCUUCUCAGGGCUUGUUGGUGUUUCAGCGCAUCCAUGACACAGAUUUGGGUAUCCAUGUCUAGAGCAGUGCUCGUGCUCGAUGCUCCUCGUCGGCGUUCUCCUCCUCUUCCCUCGUAGAAAUGAACGAUCCGCCUCAUCCUCCUGCUCAUCCUCCUGGUGCGAGGCACAGGCGAAGCAGCGACGAAGCGAUUGCGCUCUGUGGAGUUGCCGCGGAAUUGCUCGGCGCAAGCUGCAUAGGUGAUUGCGUUUUGGUGCUGAAGCAGCUGCGUAGCGGACACAGCGUCCUUACUGAGCGGCUCAUCGAGGAGAGGGUGGGGGCGGAAAGUGUGAGACGCUGCUGGGAUUCACGGGAACCCGCUGGCGAAAACUGCAGGGCUCUCGGGCAUGGCGCAGGGCCCCCCUUUUGCUCUUCUUCCCUCCUCUCGCUCCCGCUGGCAGGCAGGCAGUGCCGCUGAGGCUCUGUUGCGCAACACUCUGGAAGCAGGGCUACCUCGACACUCGGGGAUUGGAGGCCGAAGCUCGCAAC